CCAAACGUGGCACAGAUUCGAUACAUCGACGUCUUUCUUUUCUUUUCAGAUUACAGACGAUUCCGGUGCCUUUUCAAAAUGCCUCCCCACAAGUUUGUCAUUAAGUGUGGGAACUAUGCGGUGCUGGUGGAUCUCUACUCUCUGCCCCUGGGCUCCCUGCUAGACAGCUGGAUCACCACAGAGCUCACAGAGGAAGUGACAGACCUGAUCAGAGGUGCUGUGGACCAGAGAGUGAAGCUGCUUAAAGAGAUCUACUACAGGAGAGGCCUGCCCAAGCACAAGAGAGAGCUGGCUCCUGCAGAAACACUCUGUGUACAAGGUUCCUGCUUCUGUCUGGUUGGAGACUUUGUGAAGCGUCACUCCAGGCUCAGGUGUGUGGUCAAAGAGCGCUACGGAGAGUUGCGUGUGUUUCCUGAGCGGUAUGUCGUGUGUGCGAGCCGUCCAGAGGAAGCCAAGACCUUCCGUGGUAACCCAAGCCAGUCCGCGACUGAGCCGAUCGAACAAAGCAGGUCCGAGUAUUUUUCCAGACCGGGAGAAACCCAAGCGUUGUUAAACAGUUCCACAAUAACAAAGAGAACCGCCCUUCAAAAGAUAGCCAGGCAAGCUAGCGCUCGGCCAAAGCCCUGUGGGUCUACUCAGGGAAAACAGAGACCAGCCCCUGGAGAGCAGAGAGAGGAGAGACCAGGCCCUGGAGAACAGAGAGAGGAGAAACCAGGCCCUGGAGGGCAGAGAGAGGAGAGACCAGGCCCUGGAGAUCAGAGAGUGGAGAGACCAGGCCCUGGAGAGCAGAGACCAGGCCCUGGAGAGCCGAGAGUGGAGAGACCAGGCCCUGGAGGGCAUAGACCCAGACAGGUGAAGUUAAUGACCACAGUGACGGUACACCAGUCUGUGGUGGCGCCAUGCCUCACCCAGCCCAGUGCGGAGCUCAGAGGUGUGGAAGAGCGGCACCUGGCAGAGGUGGAGCAGCCCAGGGACACCCUCACAGACCAAGGGGAGGCCUGGGAAGCUGGCCAGAAGCAGAGGCAACACGGUGGUGAGCCAGUGUCUCCACACUCCAAACCCAGCAGGAGUAAGAGGGGCAAACCCAGCCCCCCUGGAGAUGCCCCUCGCCUGCAGAGAGCCAAGAGAGCGUGCCCCGAAGCCCCUCCAGACCCCUCUACAUAGGAGCCUGGAGCGCAAACACACCCGGCCCAAUCCUCCUCAGGGCUGUCCUUCCACCAGCCUCUCCCUCCGCCCGCCUCUUCCCCAGGCCGGGGCCCCGUCCCUGGCCAUCCCUGCCCCACAGCGCCCUGAAACCACACUGGAAGUGGAGCUGCUUACUCCAGGGAAACAGGCCCGACGGCUCCCCCUCACAAGCAAUAACACGGAGCAGACAAACCAAAACAGGCUGGCCACAAGUCUGAGAGGUCUAUCUGUCAAGCCCGCAUCCUCGACAUCCUCUAUUAGUUCCAGAUCCACAGGCGGAGGGGGGGGGGGGGGGGGGGGGGGGAGCCAGGAACGUGGAGAUUACGCCGGCAGAGGAGGCCCUGAGGAGGGAGGGAGGAGAGAGGAGACUGACGCCAGGGAGAUGAGACGCUGUUAGCUCUCGGCUCUGCGUCCGUCUCAGACCUGCUCUCGUGGAGAGAGAUGAACACAUGGAGAUACUGCUGGUUCCUCUGUUUGACUCUCUCUCUUCUCCCCUCUCUCUCUCCCUGCCUCUUCCCUAUCUCUUUUCUUCUCUCUCCCUCUCUUCCUCCCUCUCGCUGUCUCAUCUCCUGUGUUUGUGUGUCAGGCAGAGAGAGAAAUUAAAUGCUCAACAUAUUGUGCCAAUUGACAUUUGACUUAUGUAUUGUCAAAUAGUUGUCGUGGCUCCAGUAAAGAAUCUCUCCACCCAAAGGCAGAACAUAAAGAAUCACACGAAUGAACCUUCUAACUGAAGUUUAGAUUCGGUUUUGUGUUAAAAGAUUUGUGAUGUUCAGCCAUGCGGGAGCCAGGUCAUGCGUCACCGGGCUGAACGCGUCCUCUCUCCUCUCAGACUUGUGUGAUUGAUUCCUGUGUGUUUCCAGAUUCACUUCAUCACCCACAUUGUUUUCUAACUCAUGUUGGAGCCUUCACUUUAUUGCGUGGUGAACAAGCGUUGCUACGUUCCCAGUGCUUGCGUGCUCCAGUUCUGUUGAGCAACAAGCUAAUCUGUCUGUGAGGAGGGCUCGAAGUUUCAGUUACAGUGUUGCUAGGGACUCCAAACAACUAUGUUGAAACAUCCCAUGCAUUUGACAAUUAUAGGUAAUGGUUGUGUUUAUGGUGGUAGUGUGCAUUUAUUUAGCUCUGCACCCCUCCUCCACCCACCCCUUCCCUCCUCCCCCACCACCCCUACGCCCUCCUCCUCCGCCCCUCAUCCCCUCCGCCCUCAUCCCCUCCCUCUCCCUCACUGAUCCUUCAGGAGGAGGAUCUAGAAUAACUCUCCAAGCCACUGGGAUAGUCGCUCUUGAUUUAUCUGUUUUAUUUGCAUGGAAAUAUUUCCCCCCCCCCAAUGUUUUUAAUAAAGAUGUUUUUCCCUGUGAAAACAGUCACUGUUUCUAAAUGGAAAUAUGCAGUUCAAACAGGAUUUAAAGGACAUUUUCAACCAAUUUCUUUACUGAUGUCACCAUGCCGACUACCAGAGCAAGCUUUGGGUAGGUUCACCACGGCAGAAAGGUUAACCUCACAACCGCCUCUCA